CCCCUCUCCCUCGACUGAUAUUUUAUUUACUCCCAAAACCAAGAUGGCUCCCGUAACUGUGUCGGUCCCAUAGCAAAUCGAGGAUGCGAGCAGCUACCGGAAAAACAACUUUCCCCCGACCGUCGCAUCCCCUGGAAUCCAUUUCGUAUGGUUCGGAGGAGGCCUCCACCUCCGCGUAGCCGCUGAGCAGCCCUAGGGGCUUCGCGGAACCUUCCUUCAGGCACUAAUUCGGACUAGUUUGGCGAAGUAUCUCGUCUCCUUGUCGCCGUGUGUCCGGAGAGACGUGCGGGCAGGCAGCUCAUCCAAAUGGCCGAACCGAGAAAAGUGCAGUUUGUCACCCUGUCGGCCUUCGCGACCGGAGCCGCCUCGGAGUCGAGAAAACGCCGACUGGAGGACGAGGCCGACUUUAACUUCAGCGGAGACGACGAGGUCGAAGCAGCGGUGGCGGCGUUAGCGGAGCCCGGGGCAGGAGGUGCCGCCAACCGCCUCGGCAAAGCCGGCGAGAGGGACAAGGCUGGAGCCGAGAAGAGGGCGACGGUGCGGCUCAACCUGCCCCUCAGCGAGCCGGACGACCGCGCCUCUGCCGAGUUUAAUUACGGCGAACUCAUCCACAACCUCCAGAAAAAGAACAACCCUCCAGUUCUGACUCGUGCCCCCAAUGACCCUUUCAACGAUGACGAGAGAGAGCGGCUCCAAGUUGAGGCCAUGGCUAAGAAGUUUGAGGAUAAAUAUGGCAACACGACAAAGAAAAGGAAGGACAGAAUGCAGGAUUUAAUUGAUAUUGGCUUUGGCUAUGAUGAGACGGACCCCUUCAUAGACAACUCUGAGGCCUAUGAUGAGCUGGUGCCUGCGUCUUUGACUACAAAGCUCGGGGGCUUUUACAUCAACACUGGCACGCUGCAGUUCAGAGCGGCCUCCGACUCCGAAGGAGAGGAGGACAAGAAAGCAAACAAUGACAUUGAACAGGUGAAGAGGAAAAGGAACGAAGAAGAAGAUGAGAAAAGCAGAGAACCUAAACCAGGAGUGGCAGCUCUCAACAUCCAUCGACCCGAGAAGAAGAAGAGGAAGAAGCUGAUGAAGGAUUCGCUGUAUUUGGCGGCCAUGCUCCGCCGCUUCAACAUGGAAAAGGAGCAGAGUAGGAAAAACAACCCCAGCAUGACUCCUGUCGGCCUGGCCGUAGGCGUGGCCAACAAGCCGCGUGCUGCUGACGCAGCGAAGCACCUGCUGGCCUCUGACUCCACCCACUUGCAGGGCAAUACCCCCUCUGCCACAAACAACGACCUCUCGCUGGCAGACCUGACUUCCGACCCUGCCGUGAUGUCACUGCUGGGCUCAGCGAACGAGAAGGAACUUCAGGACCUCCUAGGCGACCUAGACUUUGGCUUGUUGGAAACGGACCAACAGCACGCCGUGACGUCGGCCAGGGAGAACGGCAUUCUGGGUGUCGGCGCUCCAGGCCAAAAAGUAGGAGCGGGUGGGGGCAGCCAAGGGCGAAGCCUGGGGUCUUCCAGUGGACUAUAUUCCCCUCCGCCGCUGCCUAGCGGGUUGCCACCUCCUCUCAUAAAACGCAUCGAGGACCUGCGAGCGGCUUCACGGCAGUUUGAUCAGGAGGGCAGGAAGAAGUUUUUCACCUUGGACAUGAAUAACAUUCUGCUGGACAUUGAGCUGCAGGUCCUGGAGCAGCCUCCCGAUGUGCGAUCGGGCAUCUACUCGCACAUAGAGGCCUUUGUGCCGUGCAACAAGGAGACGCUCCUCAAGCGGCUCAGGAAGCUCCGCCUCAACAUCCAGGUGAGGGCGGCUCAGUGUGACAACGGACUGCAGCCCCCUCCGCCUCUCAACACCAAGGACGACAGGCUGAGGACGCCGCUGUUGGAGCUGAAGCUGGCUGUAUGCAGCGUGAUGCCGGAGCAGAUCGCCAAAUACAACAUGGACUGUAUGGCCAAGGUUGCAAAGCAACAGUCGGAAGAGGGGGAGAAGAACGGUUCAGAGGAGGAGGAUGAGGAGAAACCUGGGAAAAGAGUGAUGGGUCCGCGGAAGAAGUUUGUGUGGGAUGACAAACUCAGAAGCCUGCUGUGUACGUUGGUGCGAGUGAAACUGAGCUGCCUGGACGUAGAGAACCAAUGUUCCCUGUCUGCGGAGGACUACCUCAAGGCCUUUCUGGAGAAUGAAGUCAAACCACUGUGGCCCAAAGGCUGGAUGCAGGCCAGAAUCCUGUUCAAGGAGAGUCUAGCGGUUCACUGUCACCUCACUGGAAGCCUAGCCAAGAGGAGAGUAGUGCCUGGGCCCAAGGCUAAAACUAAGGAGGGCGUGUGGGUCCGCAAACCGCCCCUCGCCAUGACCCCCACUCCGUCUCUCCCCGCCUCAUCCUCCUCGACAUCGAGCUGCCUGCCCUCCCUCUUGUCGUCUCACUCUGAGCCCAUCUGCCUGUCAGACUCUCUGGACGAGGACCUGAGCGCCCCCUCGCUGGACUCCAUUUCGCACGCGCUCGCCCUCCUCAGCAACGCUGCCAAGGGCCUGGGCUCCUCCGACAGCCCGCUGUCGCCCCCACCGCUGCAGAUCCCCACCUCCUCCCCUCCCCCUGUCACCUUGCAGUACCCGUCAGCCUCGCAGGUCACGUGCACUGCCCUCUCCAAGGGGGUGACCACCGCAGGGAAGGUGACCACUGCGUGGAAAGUGACCACGUCGGCCGCACUACCGACCUCUACCUCCUCCUCCGCCGCCUUGGUCCGCAUGCAGACGUCCGGCCCAGCCGUGAGCUCUAAGCUCCCCGAACCCACCUUCACCUUGAUUAAAGGACCGGGCACCCACAACCAGAGACACGUUACCAUGGCAAUAGCCAACAACAGGCCAAGUGCUAUAAUGAGCAGCAAAAUGCACCCGCACCCUGCCCCCUCGCCCCCAAAGCAGCGGCCCCCACCCACUGCGUCCCCUUUGAUGCCUCCCCAUCAGAAGGGCUUUGCCAGUCCUGCAGGAAUUAUGUCAGCUUUGGGCGCAGUCAAGGGUGGCGCCAAAUCUAGCGUCAUCAGCAGCAACGGCAGCAUCACGCCGUCGUCCUCCCCCUCCCACCAGUGUCGCCCCAAUUCCACACACCACCAUACCCUGCAGUCUUUCUGCCUCCCGUCCCCAGCCGUGUCCACGCCGUUUGCCACCUGCAAGACCACCCCCUCCCAUCAAGGUAAAGCCCCGCCCCAAGCCAACUUCAUCACACCCAUGCAGGCCACACUCACCAAGUCAUCCCACAGUAGUAACUCCUCCCCCAUCAUCAAACUGACCCCACGGCCGCCUGUGCCCACCCCGCCCCCCUCCUCCUCAUCCUCCCCCUCGCCUUCUUCAUCGCCUUCACACGCUCAUCAGGGCGUCCCCACCCAGCAACACCAGUACUCCCCAAAAACACCCAAAACGUUUCGACCGCCCUUCAGCAUGGCAAGUGGCAGUGGGCAAGCCGGGCAGGCGAAGCAGACGCAGGUCGCCUUCACGGGUGCUACCAAAGCGCCGCCCACCACCGGCGCCGGUGGCACCCACAACUCUAACAAUAAGGGCACCUCGGCUGUCAGCGUCACAGAGAAAACGCAGUCGGCCUCGGCCAAUCACAGCCAGAGGCAAAGGCUGGGUGUGGCUGGCCAAAACUCCAAGGCAGGAAACGGCUGGGUGGGGUCAGGAAGUUUGACCAUGACACCUUCCACAACAUCACACCUCUCACAGGUAUCGGGCACGGGCGGCUCCAUCCUAGGCAGCCCCUCCGCGCUGCCCCUGGGCUUCGGCAUGCUGGGGGGCCUGGUGCCUGUCUCGCUGCCCUUCCAGUUCCCCCCGCUGCUCAAUUUUAGUCCUCCCGGAGCCCCUGGCAUGGGCUCGGCCCCAAGCUCCAACUCAGGAUACUCCCUCGCACAGAGCGACCUGUUGGAGCUGUACAAGAGUCUCCAGUCCGGGUCGCAGGCCGUUCUACCUCCUCACUUGCAGCUCGCGUUCUCAGACACCAACCAAAGCCAGAGCGGAGACAAGAGGAAGCCGCACUGACCCGCUGACCACCUCCUUGGACUUCUUAUACAUUUGAUUGACUGACAAGGGGCGUGAGUAAGCGGGGUUUGACCGCCUCCCCCCUUUGUUUUUGUUUUUUUAAACGGACCUGCAGCGACACACACGUGUUGUAUAUUUUUUAAUGAAUACAGAACAAGGCGUGGCGAGUGAAGAGAAAGAAGUCUUUUCAUUUUUCUUUUGCUUUCUUUGUCGACAUGUUUACAUAAAACCGACCUUGAUCACUGUGGAAUGAGUGAGAGAGUGCGUAUAUAUGAUAGUGAUAAUAAUAAUAAUUUCUAUUUAAGCCAGAGCCCAGUUCUCUGUGUACGACAAGAGAAAUAAGUUAUUUUUCUGUCAUGUGCUUUUUAGACUUUUUAUGGUCACCUAUUCUUUCCUGCUCCCACUAAUGACUGUUAAGUAGUAGCUUAAAGGAAUAUUGAUAAGUUAUUUGUCAUUUACACAGGGACAAAAAGAUGUGUGUGUUCGUGCUUGCGUGUGUGUGCGUGUAGAGAAAAAGCAAAACAAUAUACUGUUAAAAAAACUUUCCACAUUCUCCCCACAAGGAGGAGUAAAUGUUGCACAAGCUUUUAUUAUUUGAAUUUUUUGGUGCUCUUUCAUCACACUGGACCUUUUUAUUGAGGCGGGGCAGGCAGGGGGAGAUGGAAAAAGAAAGAAAAAAAAAACAUUUGUGAGAAAAGUUUGUAGCCUACUUGAAUUGUUUUUGUACCAACAUGACGUAACAUGACGCCUUAGUUUGUGUGGGAGCGGAAAAAAAAGCGGGGAAAAAAAGAUCUAUGCAGGAAGAAAAAGGGUAAGUUGUCGCUUUUUAAAAAAAUAUUCCUCCUUUCCCUCCCUUAGCUUCCCUCUGCUGCAGGGGUGAUCAACGUGCAGGCCGGGGGCCGUUUGCAGCACGACAUCUUAUAAACUUGUGACAUCUUCCUUAAAGAAUACGGGGUUGUGUGAAAAAGGGCGUAAAACCUUAUCUACAACCGUUCAUUUCUGUGGUGAAACAGGUGAAAGUGAACAAAAAUACACUAGUACACAAGUAUUUGCUUUGUCAGCUCAAAUACACAAAUGACUAUUGUACUAUAGGUCACUAUUUAGCCUAAGUAGAGCGACCACUGUAUGUAUUAGCUUAGCUCAGUAGUCUUGUCGCAUUCUUCAACUUUUGUGUACACUGCCCCCCCCCCCCCCCCGGUGGCAAAGGUUUGGGCACCCUGCUGCUCUACUAAACGAUUACCUCCGUUAGAACAUAACUUACCCGUCUCAGUAACUCCUUCUCCCGCCUUCCUCUUAGUGUUUGCAAGACUGACCGAGAAUGACGCCAAAGAUUGUUUUGUAGCUCUCCUGAUUGUGUGUGUGAAAUCAUGUGACUGGAUGUGUGAGGGGAAACGGGGAGUAUAAAUAAUAAGACAUUAGGAUGUGAACUGGUGGCUUUCUUUCUCCUCCUGUGUGUCUAAUAUGGAAUUAAAGAAAAAACAGAUGGUUCCCAUGACAACUCCUAAGACUUGAGGCUGAUUGCGGUCUGUCGACUUGAGGUGUAGGAGUUCAUGGUAGGUUAAAGGUCAAACCUGUGACAAAAUCGCAACUUUUUUUUUUGUUUUACAUUUUUAUGGAAAUAUUUUAUUUCUUUUUUAAAACAUAGGUUUGCGACCACAGCCCUUGGCUUCAUGUUAUUUAUUUUUUUUGGUUGUGUCAAGAAUGGAAUUAAAACUAAGCAGAUGGUU